CUGCCUGCAGGUCUAGCAACAUCCAGCCCUCCAGUUCCCUCUAGUGAAACACAGCCUGCAGCAGGUGCUACUGCGGCGCAGGAGUUGACUGGGAGUGGUAGGGGCUGACUCUGACCUCUGAGUCCUCUGCUGGGAUUAGAGUCUGCUGCUAUGUUGCCCGGUGUCUUCAUCUGAGAUGGACUGGGAGGAUAUAUUUAUUCUGCGCCAGAGAAAGACUUUGAAAAGGUCAGACGGACAAUGUGAUGGGUACAACCGAGGCAACUUCAGCACCACAACAACAACAACAACGACAACGACAAAAUGGACGACCUUGGUGACGCACAACAGAGCACACGUCCAAGAGCUCAGACACAAGUCUCUGGAUUAAUGGAAAUGAAAAAAACAAAGUUUUCUCGUUUGGUCACAGGACAAGCACUGAGUUUUUGUCAUCCUUAUGAUCCGAGCAUUUUAUUUUGCAUUGAUAUACAUUUUAAUUCAUCUUUUGGCUAUGAAUGGCUGAAUUGUAACAUUCGUCCAUUAUCUUAGUGUACCGUCAAUGGAAUUGGACUUUCCAUUGACGGUACAAAACCAACUCUGACAGAUUACUACUAUUUUUAUUUAAAAAUAUUGUUUUCUUUUGUAUUAUAACGUCAUAAUCAACCAUUUUCAAAUACGUGUAUUUACUAUGAAUGUAAAUUAUGGUUUUCCACUAUUCAUUUGUCACAAACGUUCAUACAGGGCUGGUGCUGUGCAGUUGUUUACAUUUAAAAUUACUUGAAUGGCAAAAGUAUCCGAAACUCGUGUUGUAAAUACGAGUCCAAAGAAAAUAAAAAGUCAUAAACUGGCAGCCAGGAGGUCUAAUCAGUCCAGUUAAAGAUUGUCGUGUCCCGGUCCUGUCAGCAGACCAACAACAGGUACAGCUGAGAGAGGACGACACAGACAAUGACAGCGCUGGGCAGUGUUGUGAUUCAGGCGGUCGUGUUACUGACCGGGCUGGUCGUCGUUCAGGGAGACACCCAGGUGGGCUGUGUGUUUGGGGGCAGCUGUGUGCUGCCUUGCCGCUUCCAGCCAAACAGUGAUACCAUCCUCCACUGGAACAAGAUUAAUGGGAAGAACGUUCAGGUCCACUCCUACUACGAUGACCAGGACCAACUGGGACACCAGGACCCUCUCUACAAGGGAAGGACCUCCCUGUUCCAUGACCAGAUCUCAGGGGGCAACGCAUCCCUUCGUCUGGCCAGGGUGAACCUCCAGGACCAGGGCAGGUACCUGUGUUACGCCAGCACUUCACAGAACAACCAGGAGACCUUCGUCAUCCUGGCGGCGAGAGCUCCUGAUCCAGCUGCUGUUGCUAGAGUUGACAUUGUGCUAGUGAACAACACUGUCACCUGUAAGUCUGGAGGAAUCUACCCAAGACCACAGCUCACCUGGUCCGUCAGUCCUCGCCCAGCUACCGUCCUAAAGAACACAACCAAGGUCCAUAUCGAUGACAAGGGACUCUAUGACAUCAGCUCCUUAACGACUGUUUACAAUGACACAGAAUCGACCUACAGCUGCUCAGUCCAAAAUGAACACAGUGGAAGGAAAGCAACACUGAGGUUACGCUCUCCAAUGCAAAGUGUUCCCAAGAGUGAGGUGUUACUCCCUUGUAACGCCUCGGGGCUCGAUGACAUCACCUGGACCUUCAACCACAACCAGACCAUCCUCAGAAGACAAGCAGGACAAGAGAAGGUGGUGGAAACAGAGUGGCAGCAGCAUGUAAGAGACCUGUCUGAAUCAGGCAGCCUCCUGCUGUAUGUGACCUCAUCAGCCCAGAGUGAAGGGGCGUACAGGUGUACUCUCAGGUACGCAGACGAAGAAGACGUAACCCACAUUGAACUGAAGAUACUGAAGGACCAUAUUGCAGAGGGAUCCAAUAGAACACUUGGGAUCACAUUAGGAGUCAUCAUUCCAGCUAUUCUUUCAGCUAUCGUCAUCAGCGUCAUCAUCAGGUAAAUACUAAUGUACACA